GUCCAAUAGAUGGCGGCAGUGUCGGGAUCCGAAAGACACUCUAGGGGUAGUUUAGGCUCCUUGUAACAUUCCUCGUGAUAAACAUUGUGAUUGUCGAGGUCGACCUUGAGCUUCAAAGUUACUUUGAACUUUGCUCCAGCAGCAGUUCCUGCCAUAUCUUCAGUACUUAUCGUGAUGUCUCAUUGUCACGGCUGUGUGUGUCUGUACUAACGUAAGAAACAUGAGUGAAGAAAUAAACGCAGACACACUGCAAGAGAUUCUUAUUUCUGCCAAAGAAGAUUUGCAGAAGGUAUUGGACGAAGCUCGUCAGAAGUUCGAAGAACUGGGCAGCCACUUUGUUGAUCAAGGUAUAGGAGUUUUGUGUCAAGGACUUGGAGUUUAUGGCCAUCUCUACAAAAGAAGUGGACUCCAGGACAGAGAAGCCCUGGAUAUUGCUAUUAGUAAGAGCCACAAUGUUGUGAAGGAAGCUGCAUUGGAUUUAUUGGAAAUUGAGAGUGAACUUGCUGCUGCUGGGUGUCAUGUGGUUGUGGUUACAUUUGGGGUAAUGUCCGGUGCUGAAAGGUGGCGACUGGAGACAGCUUGCCCUUUCCCAUAUUACACUGAUCCUUCCCAUGCUCUGUACCAGCUACUUGGCCUCAAGAGGUCUGUUGCUUCUGUUUGGAAUACAGCGACAUUGAGUUACUAUGGCGCUCAGAUAGCCAAGGGCAUUCCUCUUCCGGAGUCAUAUACAGACAUUGAGGAUGAUCCACAUCAGAUGGGAGGAGAUUUCAUACUGGAUAAACAGUCCAAACUUCAGUUUGUUUACAGAAGCAAAGUGCCAAAUGAUAGACCCUCUGUAGAUCUAAUCCUUACAGCUCUCAAAGUGUGGAGGAGAUUGAAGAACUUAUGGCUGAAGGUCAACAGGAGGAUGUGUUUGUCCCUCAGCUUCGUGCUCAGGAGAAGCUUGGUCAGUAAUUAAUGGUGCUUUAACUUGCACCAUUGAGUAAAGAAGAUGAGGAAUAGGAUGGACACAAGAAGACGUUUUAUCCUUACAUAAAAUGUAUAGUUAUUUCAGCCUCGCUUUAGGUUAGAUUAUUAUAACAAAGUAAAUGUUUUAAAUAAUUAGAAUGCCAAAAGUUUAUUUGAUUAAACUUGGAACUAGACAUUUACUAUAUUAAUGGAGUUAUGUGCCUUAGACAUUUACUAUAUUAAUGGAGUUAUGUGCCUUAGACAUUUACUAUAUUAAUGGAG